AUUAACACAUGUAGAUCGUACUUAUACGUAUAAGCUAAAAGUACCAUCACUGUAAAGUUAAAUCUACAUCAUUGAACCCAGAGUGAUAUUACCUUUACAAAGUAUGGCUGACAAUUCGAAUCAAUUUGAGGAAGACUUAUUUCUUGAAACGCUGGUUGAAAAAGACGAACGAAAAUUGGCGCUGGUAUUACAAAGAAUAUCUCAAUGUCGUAAAGAUAUUAUACUCUGGGCGUUUGAGAAAGGAGUACACAUGACAACAAAAACCAUGAAAAUCUUGAAAGAAAUAGGGGCAGACAUUAAUGCCAAGAACACAUUUGGGAAUACCGCACUGAUUUUAGCUACAUUGGAGAAUAAGAUUGACAUCGUGAGAAGACUUUUAAAUAUUGGUGCCGAAGUUGAUGCUUGUAAUAGUUUAGAAAACACUGCAUUAGUAUUGGCGGCAAAGAACAAUCACAGUGAAUGUAUUUCGUUGCUUAUUGAACAUGGUGCAGAUGUCAAUCGAAAAUAUUCAAACCGAAAACCUUGUGCAUUAUUUUUGGAUGAACAUAAUAUUACGUUCCCGUUAAUGUUGGUCGUAAAACACAACAAUCUGGAAUCCACACGGCUAUUACUGGCAAAUGGUGCAGCUGUUAAUGCAAAGGAUAAUCUAGGGAAGACAGCAUUGAUGAUUGCUGCAGAACUCAAUCAUGUGGAAUGUAUGCGUGUAUUAAUUGAUUAUAGUGCCUGUGUCAACGAGAAGGACAAAUAUGGAACGACAGCAUUUAUGAUUGAUGUUGCCCAUGGGCAUACUGAGACUGCAAAGGUAUUGAUAGAGUACAAUGCAGAUCUGGAAGCCACUGAUGCUGAAGGAAGAACAGCACUGAUGUUUGCAGCUACUGAUGAUCUAGUGGAAUGCCUCGAGGUUAUAAUAGAUCAAGGUGCAAAUGUUGACACCAAAGAUAACUCAGGGAAAACUGCUUUAGUAUAUGCAGCUGAACGAAAUCAAGUAAAAAAUAUCCGAAGAUUAUUAGAUCAUGGCGCUGAUGUCAAUGUCGUGGUUGACUGUGGGAUGACUGCAAUAAUGUUUGCAGCUGAUGGUAACCACUAUGAGAGUAUCAAUGAAUUGGGAAAGCAUGGUGCAGAUAUCAAUGCAAAAGACGAUGACGGAAAAACUGCAUUGAUGUUCGCAGCACAAAAUAACCACGUAGAAAGCAUCAAUGCAUUAAUGCAUCAAAGUGCGAAGAUCGAUGCCAAAGACAACUCAGGAAAUACCGCAUUGAUGUUAGCUGCUCAAAAUGAUAAAGUGAAAAGCAUCCAUGUAUUAAUAGCUCGAGGAGCAGAUGUCAAUGCAAGGAACGGAGAUGACGAUGCUGCCUUGAUAUUUGCAGCUGAUCAAGGCUUCGAAGAAUGUGUGUAUACAUUAGUAGACAGUGGUGCCGAUAUAAAUGCUACUAAUGACUACAACCAAACUCCAAUAACAUGUCUACCAGAUUCAUCCUCUGGAUACAAAAUAUACGCAAUGCUAACCAUAAUGGGCGCCAAAGAUGUUAACUACGAACACCUUAUGUCAUUAAAAUACACGGUAGGUGAUGACAAAAAGAAUCGAACAAAGGCAAAACUUAACGAACUCAAAACCAAACACAUGUUUGGCUUGAAGUAUCAAGCGAGACAGUGUCUGUAUCAAACUUGUUUGAAGAAUAAACGGGUUUACAGAAAUGCUAUUGAGAGUUUAAUGAAAGACGGAACUUUACCAGGUAACCCAACAUUUGAGAGAUUUGUGAUGUUCAAAAUGUCUUCUGAUAUAAGUGAAAUUGAAACGAUCAUAACAGACACUUUUUAAAUGCAGGAUUUUAGGACAAUUAAAGGGAGGGUAAUGAACAGGGGUCAGUUAUCAGAAGAAUAUCGUCAGGUUACGUGCAUCGUCCUUCAUGACACCAAGCUAUUGUGGUUGUAUUCAUUUGUGAUAUUUCUAAUCGACUAAGGUAUGAUAGGCGUUUCUACAUGACACGAUGACUGACAAUGAAUAAAUAAAAGGCAAACUAAAGCACACGUUCUUACGCUUGGAGCAGUUAUAGUGAAAUAUUUGUCAGUCUAAAAGACCAAAACCCACGUAAGAAAUGUUCAAGUGAAAAGGCACUUGGUGUGAAGCCCAUUGGAAUUUGGAAUCUUGAAACGAGAUCAUCCUUGGUCCAAGGGUAUUCCAAUUCUUUCCAUAAGCUCAGAGAGGCCCGAUCUUGAAGGAUGUACAUACACGAGAUCAACAUGAUGUGCCACAAUAGAUACUCUUAACCCCGUGUGCUGAAAUAUCUAAGUUGUGGAGAGCAUCGCUAUCGGGCACAACAUUUCCACAGAGCAGUUGCGUUCCAAAUGGAGUAUUGAGUUAACUCUUCACAUUUGUCUGAGUGCCUCAUUCAGACCAUAUUGAAAAUUAAUUCCCAUGUUUGAUGUUGUAACUUAACAAAUUGACCCGUGUCUAAAGUCUAACUUUGAUGAUGUAUAUUUCCCUUUAUUUCACUGUUACACCUCAAAGGAAAUAUCUGAUCUUAGAGUAUUUACCAUACAGCAGAGUAAAAGAGUGUCGAAUAUUUACAUGUUUGCUGUGUAAUUUGCUGAUUCUAAUAAUUCCCACUAUGUUUUGCAAUUCAAAUCAUGGCCAUUGUGACAUUCGCCUCAAGAGGAGGAGGCUCUUUGUUAACAAGCAAGCGCAACCUUUGAAAAUCAAAAUACACAUCAGCUGAGCAACAUUUGAACUCAUGCCUUAACUUCUGAUAACAACACACACUGUUAUUACAAACAUUGAAAUUAAAAAGUAUGCUAAAAGUACAAGGGCAAUAUUCUUAACCUUUAUCUAAAGCCAAAAUCAUGGACCGCACUCGUGUAGGAAUGUUACCAAGUCAAGCAUUAUCUAUUUUCGUACAAAAUCACAUUCUCCGAACGCAGGGCUUCAGAUAUCAUUCACUACGUUCUUUCUUUCCUCCUUCUUUGAAGAUCAAGGGUCGAGAGGAUGACAUAAUCUUUGAUUGGUAUUUGUUGUCAAUCUUUAAAUAAAUGCUAAAGACAAAAACAAGUCGAACUUGAAAUUAUAGAUUAUUCAAUUCGCGUAAUAUUGAUUUCAAUGGGUUUAAGCAAUACCUGCAACCAUUG